UUUAAUUGAAAAUCGAAACCAUUUUUAAUUUUUUUUUUUUUUUUUUAACAAUAAACAUGCUUAUAAGAGGUCUUUGGGGAAUCCAGUUGACUCCUGAGCAAGACUAUGUCAUAAAAGUACAGGCUUCUUUUAAGAUCACAAUGGCUAGUAUUGGUCAGUUUGAAGGAUCGCAACGUACAUCGGUCUAUAUGCAGUUCCAAGACCAUCGAUUUCUUCUUUGUUCACUUACUCCGAGAAAGAUUGAACAACAAGUGUUGAACAUCACUUGUUUAGAAGGUGAAUCUGUUGUCUUUCGAUCCAAAGGACCCAAUACCAUCCAUCUCAUGGGAAAUUACAUUUCUCAAGAAGGAUGGGACGAUCAAGGUGAAAGUGGUGAAUUCAUGUCAAUCAAACAAACUUUGCCUGCGUAUGAUAUCAAUCACAAAAGAGAGAGUAUGACUGAUAAAGUAAUCUAUAGGAAGCCAAAAGAUCCAUGGCAAUUGUAUGAUGAUGAUGCAGAACACCACAAGCAUGAAAUAGAAGGGGAAGACGACAGCGAUGAGGAUAGUUUUAACCCAUUUGAUAUUUUUCAGAACUUAGGUUUAAGCACAAAUAAAAAGAAGAAGCAAUCUAGUCGACCAUUGAGUCACGAGAAUACAUUAUUCAGCCCAGAUGAUGAUUUGCCUUCUAUCCCUGAACCCACAAAGAAGACAGGUGCUUCUCAAUCGAUAAACCAUGCUGUGUACCAAGAGAGCCUUAAACUCCAAAAAAAGAGCGAGAAAAAACAAGCGAGAAGAGAAAAGAAACGUCAAGAGCGACUUGAAUCAAAGCAACAAAGCAAACCUCAACAAGAGGAUACACAAAAGAAGAAAAAGAAGACAACUGAAUUAUCCCAACACAAACUUAUUGGAACAGCUUCACUUUCGGUAAACAACGAGCCUACUAUGGUCGAUAAUGAGAAAGAAAAGACGCAAGAAGAUCAGUCUAGUUUAAAUGGAAAGGCUACGAACACUGCAUCAAUGACUAAGAAACUUAUUCAAAAUAGCGACACUACUAUUGAAGAUAAUUCCAAGCCAAAAGCAAUGCAUACUCAAUCAAAACCAAUGAACAUUUUGCCUAAAGUCGAGACAAAGGCCAUGGAUCCUCAAUCAAAAGACACAGCCUCAAGCACCAAUGCAACCGUAUCAAGAUACCCAAGAAGACGUGCAACUGCUGAAUCAGCUGAUAAAUUACGAAUGAUUGCUAAAGCAGAUGCUACAGUUGCUGCUUCUGUUCGAAGGGAAAUGAAAAAGAAACGAGCAUCAUCAAAUCAUCAUAGCCAACAACCUGCAACAAAGAAAGUGAAAAAUGAAGAGGCCAGUCAAAGUGAGCAACUUUAA